AUGGGGUACAGAGCUCCGGAGGUGAUCGAGACCCGGAAACCCAGCCAUAAAUCCGAUGUCUACAGCUUCGACGUCCUGCUGCUGGAAGCCCUGACGGGGAAAGCUCCGAUGAGAGGUCCCCUCAGAGGUGGUGUGUACGAUGAGGUGGUGGAUCUACCGAGGUGGGUGAGAUCGGUGGUGAGGGAGGAGUGGACGACAGAGGUUUUCGAUGCAGAGCUAAUCGCGCUGGCUUCCGCGGCGAAGGCUCUUGAGAUGCGGCCCGCCAUGGAUGAAGUGGUGAGGUUGAUUGAGAAAAUCGUUCGACCCAAUGGCGCCGCCGUUGAGAGGAAGAGUGAGAGCGAAAACACCAACGGCGACGACAACAAUAGGAGGUCGUCUUCCGAGGUUGAGACGAAGCCUCCGUCCAAUGUGUCGACGCCGUCGAUUGAGUGA